GGUGAAGAGGUCCAGGGUUCAGCCACCAAUAGCCCUAAGAGUUUACAGAAAAAGCAGGCAGACGCAACUUUAGGUGUGCCGACUAAAGACAGGGGGAGGAGGUAAGGGGGCAAAGAGCAAAAGCAAAUUUGGUGACCAAUUAAAGAUACAGGGCUGGAACCAUCGCCUCCCCCAGCUCCUUCCUUUAUCUCCCGCCCUCUGGGUGAGUGACUCAGCCAGGUUAAAAGAAGCGCAACGUGAGCGGUGAUUUUGGAAACUCAGAGUUAAGAUAUCAAAAACUAACGCAGGGGAGGAGACAAAGACCACACCCCACGGGUGCGCGGAGCCAACUCGAGGGAGAAAAAUCCUAUUGGCGUCGAAGAGCUAGGGUGCCAGCCCCUGGGCGUGGUCUGCAAGGCGACCACGGCAGGCAACCGUCCGGGAAAGCGGGGGCAGUACGGGCCCGCUCCGCAGCCACCCGCGUCGCAGGAAGUCUAGCCGCGCCUUUGUCCGGUGCACCCUCCUUGGCCUCGGACCCUGCACUGCGCUUCGCCGCUGCCAUGUGUGCCGCCCGGAUGCCAGCCCUGGCGCACAUCUUCCGAGGGACGUUCGUCCACUCCACCUGGACCUGCCCCAUGGAGGUGCUGCGGGAUCACCUCCUCGGCGUGAGCGACAGUGGCAAAAUAGUGUUUUUAGAAGAAGCUUCCCAACAAGAAAAGCUGGCCAGAGAAUGGGGCUUCAAGCCGUGUGAAGUCAGAGAACUCAGCCACCAUGAGUUCUUCAUGCCUGGGCUGGUUGAUACACACAUCCAUGCCCCUCAGUAUUCUUUUGCUGGGACUAAUAUAGACCUGCCCCUUUUGGAGUGGCUGACCAAGUACACAUUUCCUACAGAAAACAGAUUCCGCAACAUCGACUUUGCUGAAGAAGUAUAUACCAGAGUGGUCAGGAGAACACUAAAGAAUGGAACAACCACCGCCUGUUACUUUGCAACAAUUCACACUGACUCAUCUCUGCUCCUUGCAGAAAUUACAGAUAAAUUUGGGCAGCGGGCAUUUGUGGGCAAAGUCUGCAUGGAUUUGAAUGACGCGGUUCCAGAAUACAAGGAAACCACUGAGGAAUCAAUCAAGGAGACAGAGAGAUUUGUGUCAGAAAUGCUCCAGAGGAAAUAUUCUAGAGUGAAGCCCAUAGUGACACCACGUUUUUCCCUUUCCUGCUCUGAGACUCUGAUGGGUGAACUCGGAAACAUCGCGAAGACCCAUGAUUUACACAUUCAGAGCCAUAUAAGUGAAAAUCGUGAUGAAGUUAAAGCAGUGAAAAACUUAUACCCCAGUUAUAAAAACUACACUGAUGUGUAUGAUAAAAACAAUCUUCUGACAAGUAAGACAGUGAUGGCGCAUGGCUGCUACCUUUCUGCAGAAGAACUGGACGUAUUCAGAGAACGAGGAGCAUCCAUCGCACAUUGUCCCAAUUCUAACUUAUCGAUCCUCAGUGGCUUUCUCAAUGUGUUGCAAGUCCUGGAACAUGACGUGAAAAUAGGGCUGGGUACAGAUGUGGCUGGGGGUUAUUCAUCUUCCAUGCUUGAUGCAAUCAGAAGAGCAGUGAUGGUUUCCAAUAUCCUUUUAAUCAGCAACGUAAAUGCGAAAAGCCUCACCCUCAAGGAGGUUUUCAGACUUGCUACUCUUGGAGGCAGCCAAGCCCUGGGGCUGGAUAAAGAGAUUGGAAACUUUGAGGUGGGCAAGGAAUUUGAUGCCCUCCUGAUCAACCCCAAAGCAUCUGACUCCCCCAUUGACCUGUUUUGUGGGGAUUUUGUUGGUGAUAUUUCUGAGGCCGUUAUCCAGAAGUUCCUCUAUCUAGGAGAUGACCGAAAUAUUGAGGAGGUUUAUGUGGGCGGAAAGCAGGUAGUUCCCUUUUCAAGCUCAGUGUGAGACCCUCAGCGUCUACCAGUUCUCCUGGGACAACGUCGUUCUGCGUCUGUUUGUGCCCAGGCGGAGUUAGAAAGUCAACGAAUAGUACCUUGUUCUUGGGCUGACUCUCUCUCCCUGUAUCCAGUUACAGUAUUGACUUGACAAAUCGUUUGAAGGAAGUUGUGCUAAUUCUCAACUCUGUGCUUGGGAGGGUUCAAAAUUUCUCUCUUUUGAGCUCUUCAGAUUUACUUUAAGCUCAAACAUAAGGGAAUGUUAUUCCUGAUGAUAUCCUUAUUAUGAGAUUUAAGUAAGAUUGACUUCAUAUGUGGAAAUGUGGAGAGGAAAGAUAUUUCUAUAAAGUUAGAUAUUUUAAGCCAAUAAACAUGAAAAUCAGAAAACAGAAAA